AGCUAGAUGAUAAAUAAAAAAAAUAAUGUUCAAUGCCUGGAUGAUAAACAAACCAGAUCUGAUAUUUUCAUGGAUGAUCAGAGUUUUCCUGUUGGACCAGCAGGAAGUCUGAAGAUUUUAAUUUGUUCCCCUACGUGUUUGGACAAGAACACUGAGGUGAGACACUCAACAGACACGACAGGUAGAACUUCAACACCACAGGCUGCCAAAUCAUACAGGGUGUAGAGCGAGAGGAACUGAAGUCAGAGGAGAUGGAAGACGUUCGUCUCCGCUGUGGUUUCAUUCUGAGAAUGAUGUCAUGGAGAAAUCAGGACAGGUCCAAGGAGACCUGAUUAAACUGCUCUCUCUCUCUCUCUCUGUGUGUGUGUGUGUGUGUGUGUGAGUGAGAGAGAGGAGGGUAAAUGGGGGAAGGGUUUCAAUGUGACCGAGGCAGAGCAGAUGUCAGGAUGACAGAGGGCUUCCCCACACACCCCUCCACCAUGGGACAGGAACGUGCUGCAUCCUCCAGUUGCCAUGGGAACCGGAAACAAACCAGGAAAUGCAGCCAAAACCACUGAGGCUGGAACUGGGCGGCCAGCACUGCAGUCAUUUAUGUCCAUCGGUAUAUAUCAAUAUAACAUGAGACACUGCUCUGGAGUGGUCAGCUCAGUCAGCUGCAUCACGGCUGGACUUCACCUUGUUUUCCAGCUGAUUCACGAAUAAUAUAUAUAUACAUAUUUAUAUUUUUAAUUACGCAGUUGUGUGGCCUGUUGGGCGGGAUCCUCCAGAAGCCCCAGCUGGGGGAAAGUGCAGCGUUCGUUGAACACAGGCCUCCCUUCAAUGGGCGUGGUUUUUGGAUGAAGAUGCUCCGUCUGCUCCCGCUGGGACACCCACCUGCCCGCAGAGCCCGUCUGUCACGGCGCCACUUUCUCCUUUUCAUUCGCCUCUGCCUCCAUAACGAUCAUUUGAAAAUUUCAGGAACAUUUCAGGCACAGAGUUCUGGCGCAGAACACGCAGCAGCUUCACGUCGUGGUUGGAAAUUGACGGAGAUAAACAAGAGGUGGCAGCGCCUCGUUUGACCAACAGGGAGCAGCAAACGCAGCAGCAGCAGCAGCAGUCACACCAAAACGAAAAGCAACAACCACUCUUCCAGCAGCAGCAGCAGCGGCGGCAGCAGCAGCAGCAGCAGCAGCGGGGGAACCAGAGCGCAGAGCCCGGCUCCUGUGUUGGGCUGUUCGCCGUGUCCACAUCGGUUCGCAGGAAUGGAACAUUCAGGCAGGAUGCGCAGCAGAUCGCCCUGGCUCACUUUGCUGCUGCUGGCCUGUGUGGUUCUGCUGGGGGAGAGCAGGAAAGCCAAGCCGCCGCGCUGUCCCUCCUCCUGUAUAUGCACCAAAGAUAACGCGCUGUGCGAGAGAACAGGGCUCAUCCCUCGCAGCUUCCCCUCGGAUGUCAUAUCACUAUCCUUUGUCAAGUCUGAAUUCACUGAAAUCCCCAAAGAGAGCUUCAUCCACACUCCUGCUCUGCACCUCCUCCUCUUCACAGCCAACAACCUGGAAUCAAUAAACGAAGACGCUUUCCUUGGGCUUCCUCAUCUGGAAUAUCUGUUCAUAGAGAACAACCAAAUCAAGUCCAUAUCACCCAACGCCUUCCGCGGUCUGAAAACCCUGAUACAUCUGAGUCUGGCCUACAACAACCUGGAGACCCUGCCCAAAGAUCUGUUCAAAGGUCUUGAGGCCUUGACCAAAAUAGACUUGAGGGGAAACCAGUUCACCUGUGACUGCAAACUCAAGUGGUUGGUGGAGUGGAUCUCCAGCACCAACGCCACCGUAGACCAGAUCUACUGUAAAGGCCCGGCCUCACAGCUGGACAAGAGGAUCAACGAUCUGGUGCCACAGUCCUUCGACUGCAUCACCACAGAGUUUAAUGCGUACCAGUCCAUGAAGUUUGAGUCCAUUUCGGUGGAAGCCUUUUCCUUUGAAAAUGACCAGUAUGUGGUGUUUGCUCAGCCCUUUAUUGGAAAAUGCAGUUUUCUCGAGUGGGAUCAUGUGGAGAUGGUCUUCAGAAAUUUUGAUGAUAUUGACAGUACCUCCACAGUGAUCUGCAAACCUCUGGUCAUUGACAAUCAGCUCUUCAUCAUCGUGGCUCAGCUGUUCGGUGGCUCACACAUCUACAAGCGUGACACGUCUGCUAAUAAAUUCAUUAAGCUUCAGGGCAUCGACAUUCUCAAAAUCCGAAAACCAAAUGACGUUGAGACUUUCCGCAUAGAUGGGGAGACUUUCUUCGUUAUUGCAGACAGCUCCAAGGCCGGUUCUACCACCAUCUACAAGUGGAACGGCAACGGCUUCUACUCUCACCAGUCACUCCAUCCUUGGUACCGGGACACUGACGUGGAGUUCAUGGAGCUCUCUUCCAAGCCUCACCUGAUCCUGUCCAGCAGCUCCCAGAGGCCCGUCAUCUACCAGUGGAACAAAGGCACCAAGCUGUUUGACAGACGCACCGACAUCCCAGAGAUGGAGGACGUCUACGCCGUCAAACAUUUCCAGGUCAAAUCUGACCUCUUCAUCUGCCUGACGCGCUUCAUCGGCGACUCCAAAGUGAUGCGCUGGGACGGGGCCCUCUUCAGAGAAUUGCAGACCAUGCCCUCCCGUGGCUCCAUGGUGUUUCAGCCCUUUGCUGUGGGCAGUUGGCAGUACGCCAUUCUGGGCAGCGAUUACUCCUUCACCCAGGUGUACCGCUGGGACACCAAGAAGGGCAUGUUUGUUCAUUUUCAGGAGCUGAACAUUCAGGCACCAAGAGCCUUCUCUCCGAUCUCCAUAGACAACCGACAGUUCCUGCUGGCCUCCAGUUUUAAAGGGAAAACUCAGAUCUUUGAGCACCUGGUCAUUGAUCUGAGCAACUGAGUGAUUGUUGUUGUCUCUAUUUUUAUUUGAACAUUUAAAAUGUUUGUGAUUCUUCAAACUUUUGCAGCCAUUGGAGAGCAGAACAGAACGUACUUAGAAUAUCCUAUUUUUUUUGUUAAAUCUUCCAUUGAACUCAGUGCAUGUCAAUGUAAAAGACACAUGCAUUUCAACCAAAUGUGCCAGGCUGAGAUGCAUGUUGAAUUCAGUGCAUGGAUCUCAAGUUAGGAUUAUACCCAAGAUGUUGUCAGGACAAGGUAUGGGACGGGAUGGUUUAGACAGUGAUAAUAUGAUGGUUUUGACAGACAUAUUCACGUGUGGUAAUUUUGUCUCAAAGCUGGAUGGUCACGAGUUUUCAACUACAGCCCAAAAACAUGUUAAUCUGGUCUUCGUAAACCACAAAUAUAUUAGCGAUGUCCGAUAAUAACCUUUAUGAUAUCAGAUAUGCUGAUAUUGUCCAAACACUUAAUUUUCCCAUUCCGAUAUAAACCGAUACAGAUAUAGGCCUGGUAAUAUUUAGUAUGAGAUUAAUUAAAUGAGCUGCAGUACUGCCAUCUAGUGACUUUUACUGUAAUAUUCAGCCGUUAAUCCCCAAAACUAUUUUUAGGGCACACAUCAUUUGGUGAAACCCAGGGAUUGCAUUAUCAGGUUUUCGGUAUCGGAGAAAAAAACGAGUAAUAUCGGGCCGAAAAUAUCGGUCGGCCGAUAUGAUUGGACAUCCCUAAAGUAUAUAUAAUUGGUUGAAUUAUGAUGAGGUGUAAUUUGAAGCUGAACACAUCUGGGUCCAACAGAAGGAUUUUACAGCAUAUCUUUAUGCAUGGGUCUUUUUCACUGUCUACUCUGUUUCCUUUUUUUGUUCCAAUAGCACACAGAUUUGGGAUGAGGUUGUAAAAUGGACUCCAAAUUAACUAAGGAAUAUCCUACUAGUUGUCCGUCCAGUACUCUGUCCUUGGUCGUCAGAAGGACAGUGUUGUCUGAACAGUAGAGACAGUCUCCACAACAAAAAGCACAACAGCCUCUGUUUUUAAUUACUGUCCAAUCCUCACGAUACCCCACCCAUCUUUGCCUGUUCAGUUAAAGUGAAUAGGCAAAGAUGGAAAUUUGCAGUGAAGGUCUAACUCAGGAGAAGACCCCCUGCUGGGUUUAGACCCAGGGCUUCAUGGUGGACGACAGAUUUACUACCUAAUGAGCUGUUAGUAAAUAAUCCCAAAAUAAAAGUUCACAAUGAUUAGCUCAUUGCAAUUAUUUGUUGCAACACUGCAUGAUAUAAAUCGUGUAUCACCUCAUCCCUAGUCGAGACAUCCAUGCAUGACCUGGGCCUGAUGAAAAUCUUAUGAUGAAAUACAUUUAUCAUCCAUUAACUCAGUAAAACUAUCAUCUGGUGAGGAUUUUUUGUUCCAACCAUUUUCCAUGUAGCUCAACAAAGUUUGUACAUUUGUAAUCUCAUAUAUAUUUAUCUACAGAUAUUAAUAGGUGAAUUUAAACUUUUUAUCCAACUAAUACAUUUGACUGAAGAAAUCUGCCAAAAACAAAAUGUUUACAUUUUUCUGUCUUUUCACUUGUUCACUAAGAUUUGUAAAUUAAGCUUUUUUGUAAGACCAAGAGGGACCACAGCAAUUAGAUUAAUUUAAAAAAAAAAAAUUUGGAGAGUGAUUUUAGCAAUUGAGAUGUGCCAGAAUCUGUCCUUGUGACUUAACGUUUUUAUCAUUUAUCAACAGUUUGUACGAUGUUUUAAGUAAUGUUUAAAAUACUAAAAUACUGUUUUUUCAUAGGUGUAUGGAAACGAUUUUAGACACACGUAAAACUAUUUUCACAUGUUUAAAAUGUGCACUGAAAAAUAUGCGGAUGUUCAUAAUGCUUUACCCACAACUAACAUUUAUGCAAAAUCAAAUGAUUGUGUCAUGAUUAAAUUAUUUACUAACAUUCUGUUUAAAGUCAAUAAAGGUUUACAUCAA